AUGUCGACCAUGAAAAGAAAUGAGACCAUGGUCUCGAGUCGAGCACAACCGACCGUCAAACCUGGAGCCCAUCUUGCAAACCCCGCGCCUUUGGCGAUGGGUGGUUUCGCCACCACUUUUCUAUCCCUAUCGUUAGCCAUGAUGAACUUCCGUGGGGUAUUUACACAGACAAUCUUCAUGGGCGAUCUUUGCUUUGUGGCUGGAAUCGGUCUACUGAUUUCCGCGCAGUGGGAAAUGGUCCGAGGGAAUACAUUCUCGUACACCGUUCUUUCUGCAUAUGCUUUAUUCUAUGGCGGUUACGGGGUAAUUUUGAUUCCUUCAUUAGGCAUCGCCGAUGCGUAUGGCGGGUACACCGCGGAAUAUCACAACGCCCUCGGCUUCUUUGUUUUAAUAUGGGCGGUUUUCAAUCUCUUUUUUCUGCUCGCCAGUUGCGCUAUCAACGUUGUUUAUAUCAUAUUAUUCCUCGGACUUGAGCUUUGUCUCAUUCUCGAUGCUGCGUCUAGCUUUGCGUUGGGCGAUGGCUUAGUUGAAACCAGUGCCCAUCUUAUCACCGCUGCUGGUGCAUUCGGGUUCAUUGCGAGCUUAGCUGGAUAUUAUUGUGUUUUACAGUCUCUUUGCGAAGAUUCUCUUCCAUUUUCAGUGCCGAUGGGUGACACAUCUAGAGCUUGGAAGCGUUGGUGCAAAAAAUCACCCCCUCAAAGCGUCAAGAGUGAAGAAGACAUGGUGUGA